AUGGGGACCAACGUAAAAUAUCUCCGUUAUCACACGGACACCUGCGUAGGUUGUUCUGUGCUCAGAGCCAAACACCGAGGUGACUCUGCAUCCCCUGCACCCCCCACCACCCUGGCUCAGCCGCAGCAGAGCCAGUCCCAGGCCCACCACACAGCCCAGCAGCCCUUCCUGAAUCCUGCGCUGCCCCCUGGCUACAGCUACACUGGCCUCCCCUACUACACGGGCGUGCCUAGUGCCUUCCAGUAUGGGCCCACGAUGUUUGUCCCUCCGGCCUCAGCCAAGCAGCAUGGUGUGAACCUCAGCACCCCCACCACCCCUUUCCAGCAGGCCGGUGGUUACGGCCAGCAUAGCUACAGCGCAGGUUAUGAUGACCUGACCCAGGGGACAGCAGCGGGAGACUACACCAAGGGUGGCUAUGGUGGAUCAUCGCAGGCACAAAACAAGUCUGCAGGUUCUGGGCCUGGCAAAGGAGUGUCCGUGUCCUCAAGCACCACCGGCCUACCUGACAUGACCGGUUCAGUCUACAACAAGACUCAGACUUUCGACAAGCAGGGAUUUCACGCAGGGACUCCUCCACCGUUCAGCCUGCCCUCGGCCUUGGGUUCCACUGGGCCCCUAGCCGCUGGAGCAGCCCCUGGUUAUGCACCCCCACCAUUCUUACACAUCCUGCCUGCCCACCAGCAGCCUCAUUCACAGCUUCUACACCACCAUCUGCCACAGGAUGCCCAGAGUGGCUCGGGUCAACGCAGCCAGCCCAGCUCCCUGCAGCCCAAGUCGCAAGCUUCCAAGCCCUCCUACGGCAACUCUCCCUACUGGACAAACUGAACCUUUGAAGAGAGGGGUGGGCUUGGGCAGGGCUUACCCUGGGCAGGAGAGAACACACGGAGCCCAUUUCUAGGAGCCCAGCGCCCUUUCCUAGGAUUCCUGAGACGUGUAACUGUGUCAGCCGAGCCUCUGUGGGGAACCUGCCUCCCAGACUCGCUAUUGUAUGUAAUGUAUUUAUGUAUGUAUUUGUAAAUGUGAUAGAAGUCUUGGGGUGUAGGGGUACAGCUGCUACUCUUAGCCAGGUCUGCAAUCCUGAUUCGAGCCCCUUCUCACUGUAGCAAAGAAGCCCUUUUCCCACUCCUGCCUUCAGGCCUUCUUUGUGGCCUUCCAGCCCCAGGGGCAGUUGGGAGCAGUGUCUGGAAGGGCUGCUUCAAGGCAGUUUGGGGACUGGGGUCAGGUACCAAUGAAGAAUCACGACUUAAUCUCACUCCCUCAAAGCCAUUUUUUGAGUUUCUUUCCCUGUGUAAUUACUUUAGCCCUCUCUUUGAGGAACAGACCUUUUGUCAUUUGUCAUGUUCCUCACCUACCAAAUCUUGAACUGGGAAUAGCAGCGAUAUCCUUCCUGCCCAACAUGAAAGUGGCACCUGUUUGUCUUCAUACAGACCAGAGGCCUCUGCUUCUGGUCUUCUCCCCAAGAGACUUGCCUUCCUCUGGCUGACCAUUUUUUAAAAAACCGUCUGAAGUUGUGCUCAGAGAUGUUCAAUCUGCUCCCUUUUAAAAAAAAAAAAAUCAAAAUCCAAGAUAUGCCUUCACCUCAAUGAGAGCACGUCUCCAAGCAAAGGCUCCUCUAUUCCAUUUGUCCUGAACCAGGUGGGCGACUGUUUCAGGGGUUUUCUCUCUUUGCCCAAUCUCCACCUAAUAAAGUUCUGAGAGCA